CACACAGGUGACACCCCUGUCACUAAUCUUUACAUGAGCUUUUACUUAGUUUAUAUAGAAAUAUUUUGGUUUUACUUAAUUAAUUCAAAAUAAAACAAACAGUUCUCAGAAUAACAACGUUGUCACUCAUCAGAGUAACUCAGUACAGUUACUGUACCUGAAUAAAAACUGUAGGUGCUUGUAGUUUUCUACUGUAUUUCUCAGUCAGUUAUCUGAUCUUCUUCCACUUCUACCAGUCAGACUCAGUCAAACGUCUGUGUUUACGUCUUCCUCCUCCAGUCCAGCAGAGUUCGCUGUUCGCUGUCGUCGCUUCGCUCUCCUCUGAGCGAACUGUCGUCGACGCGGAACUCGGUGUCUCUGUUUACCUCCCCGCUGCCUCUCUUUGUUCGCUGGAAGCUCAACUUGCGCAGAAAAGGGGUAAAAUGUGCGCUGUGCAGCUGCUGCGGGUGUCGGUCCAUGAGCGGAUCAGCGCUGCCGCUGAAGACUUUCUCCUACAGGUGGAGAAAAGAGAAGAACCGGCUGAAGUCCCGGCGCUGAGAGCGCUGCUCACCGAGCGGCUAACGGCGGCGGCGGAGGAGAUCGUCGGUCUGUUUGAGGAAACCGUGGCGGAGUACGAAGACAGAGUGGAGCGGUCGGAGCGAGAGAUCUGCCGCCAGAGGAGGCUGCUCGAUGCUGUGCUGAAGCCCGAAGUCAAACUGCACAGAGCAGAGCUGUUGCAGUCAGUGAACCAGGGCCAGACAAACCUCCAGCCUCCAGACCCUGCAGACCUGAACCAGACUGAAUCUGAACACGUCGACAGCGAGGUUUCCUGCCCACCGACGCCUCGCUCCCCCUCCCCCACAUACAGACUGCCCGUCUCACCGAGCAGCUCGGUCGUUCACAGUGACGGUGAUCCAGACAGUGACUGGACUGAAAAAAAUCGGACUCUCAGAUCCCCGAGGAAAAAGAAAAGAGGACGGCCACCACUUGCUGUCAGAAACAAACGGAAACGGUCAACUCCAGCUCAGAGUUUCAUCUGUCAUGUUUGUGGACGGGCUCUGCACGGGAAAGGCUUCCUGCUCAAACACGUCCUGCAGGUCUGUGCCAAAGACCCAGACUGCCGCUGCGGCAUCUGUGGUGAGUGUUUAGACUCAGUUGAUGACCUGACAGUUCACCUACAAACACACCAAGAGAAGAGUAAAACCUGUUCCUUCUGCGGGAAGAUCUUCCAGUCCAUCCUGGCACAGGAGCUGCAUGUCCGCCUGCACACCGGAGAGAAACCAUACAGCUGCGACGUCUGCGGCAAGAAGUUCAGCCAAAAGGGAAACCUAACGUCACACAUGCGCGUCCAUACCACAGAGAAACCCUUCCAAUGUAAACAGUGCAGUCGGGCCUUCUGUCACAUGACGUCUUUAGAGCGACACAUGCAGGAGCACAGCGGUAAGGUGGUGCACACCUGCAACGUCUGUGACCAGGAGUUCAGGAAACAACACAGCCUGAGACGACACAUGUCAACUCAUCAUAAGGAUGCCACCCACAAACCAAAGAGAUACCGCACCUCGGUGCCGUCCUACAUCUGCAAAGUGUGCGGGGACACCUUCCACAGGAAGACCUUCUUGGUGAAACAUGUGGAGACUCACCUACAGGACCCGGACUGUUGCUGUGGACUCUGCGGACACCAGAAUGAGUCCGCUGCCAGCCUCGCCGCUCACCUGCGCUCCCACCGUGAGGUUAGCAACACAUGCGACAUCUGUGGGAAGUGCUUCCCAGCUCAUGCAGCGCUGCAGAUGCACAUGAGGAUCCACACCGGAGAGAAACCAUAUACCUGCCGCUUCUGCGGCAAAGCCUUCAACCAGAGUGGAAACCUGAAGACGCACCUGAAGAUACACACCGGUGAGCGGGCAUUCUCCUGCAGCAUCUGUGGGAAGGGCUUCACCCAGAAACAGACUCUGGACACUCAUGUCCGCUUCCACAACAAGGAGAGACGCUUCCUGUGUCAGGUCUGCGGGAAAGGCUUCAUGCAGGACGUGGACUUGAAGAGACACUUGCUGAUCCACACUGGAGAGAAACCGUACAGCUGCAGGGUCUGCGGGAAGAGCUUCCAGGCUAAAAGAUCACUCAAUGGACACCUCAAAGUUCACACGGCAGGGGGGGGUGAGACCGGACCAGAGCCAGAUCAGGACUCAGAGCAGCAGAGGAUGGACAGUUUCUACUCAGGAUUCCUCCAGCUGUAGAGGACCGGCGUUAGAGACUGUUGACUCGAAGAGCUGGACUCAAACCAACAGUGUUGAACUUUAUUCAUCACUUCCAAACUGUUUCACACAGAACUUCUCCAUCAAUAACAUUCUGGUCUGGCUCUGGUCCCAGUUCAUGCAAGAGAUCAAACCACAGUACUGUUUUGGUACAGACUGAAAUGUGUCCAUAGAACAAGUAUCAAACACUGUCUGGUCCUAACAGUUGCCAGUAAAUAUCUGCGCAGAAGAACAGCGCUUUAGUCCUCAGUCCUUUCACUCCUUAGUGGAUUAUCUUAUUUUCUCCAGCUUGAUACAGUUCAACACCUCCCAUCUUCAAAUUUAGAGAUUAAAACAUGCGUCCAUAGCAGGGCAGUGAAGACAUGUUGUCAUAGGGAACAACUAAGUCACUGUACAUGGAUAAGGAGUAAUAACAAUCACCAACUUUUUGCAGUGUUUUAAAUAUUUUGUCCAAUACUCAGAUAAGUGGGGACAGGUCCAGAGCAUGUGUAAAAGAUCAGCAGGUGAGUCCCGUCAUCUGUUACGAACAGCCUUAUGGUAAGGGAACAUUUUUGUUAAUGUGGCAUUCGUGUAAUGGACUCUGGACUAGUCUGUGUCAGGCACUGAUAGGGGAUGAGUGGUCGGCCUUCCCACAUGUUCUGAGUUGUAUAUGAUGAAAAUGGGAAGCAGAGUUCUGAAAGAACAGCGACCCAGGUCUCAUGUGCCUGGUGAUCAGGUCUCAGACCACCUUAGAGCUCUGUAAACCAACACCAGGAUUUUAAAGGCAGCUGUUGGAUUUUAACUCUCAUAGUAAGAUAUUUUGGUUCGGUAUCAGGACUGAUAUCAGGAUAUUGACACAGGAUUGUGAUACCAAAAUUAAAACAUGAAUAUGUUUUUUCUUCUGUCAAAGACAUGAAACCAGAUUUAAUAAAUGUUUUUUAACAAGAAUUUCGGUGUGCAGCUGGAGAAAGGACGAUUUAACUGUCUGAUAAGAUGACUGUGAAGCUCUGAGUCUGAGCACAUUUCAGUCUGGGUCCAAAAGGUCUCUGAUUUUUCAGCUUCCAUCAAUAGAAUAAAAACUGGAUUAAACGUCAGUCAUUGUCUUCAAAAUAAAUAAAGAGUU